AUGCUGGUCCGUCUCCCCCAUCUCCGUCCACUACCUCCCCUCGGACCCCCAGGUCUCCCUGGCCUACCAGGCGCAUUACAGGGAAAAGGAAAGAGAAAUGUACCAAAGCCUUCGCAACCUUUGAAAUCAUUUAAUUGGUCAAAACUGCCUGAUACCAAAAUAAAAGGAACAGUUUGGACGGUAAUUGACGACUCGAAGAUUCAUGAAAUCAUGGAUUUUAACGACUUUGAUCGCAUGUUCUCGGCAUAUCAAAAAUCCAAGAAUGACCAGAAAGAUGGUGGUGCAGAAGCUUGUGUGGCUGCUGAACAAAGGCAAGAAUUGUCAUUCAUAGAUAGUAGGAAAGCCCAGAACUGUCAAAUUUUUUUAUCAAAACUGAGAACUUCUAACGAACAGUUAGCGCGAGCUGUUCUCACCAUGGAUAAAGAUGGCGAAUUAUCUGUAGAAAUGCUUGAACAGCUCUUAAAGCUCGUACCCACUACCCAAGAAAAAAAUCUGCUCGAUGAUCAUAGUAAGGAGAAAGAACAGUUUGCCAAAGCAGACAGAUUUUUAUACGAAAUGUCCAAAAUCAACCGUUACGAACAACGAUUGGCAACUUUGUUUUACGUGAAACGUUUCCCAGAACGAAUGGGCGAUAUAAACACAAAAGUUAAAGCUGUGAUAGAAGCAUCUAAGCAAGUAUUCCGCAGCAGAAAAUUCCGUGAUUUACUGGAAGUUGUAUUGGCCUUUGGGAAUUAUAUGAAUCGUGGAGAAAGAGGAAACGCUACAGGGUUUAAAAUUGCCAGUAUCAAUAAGAUCAUGGACACAAAAUCGAGUUCGAACAGCAAAAUUAAUCUUUUAGAUUACUUGGUCAUGCUUUUGGAUCAAAAGUUUCCGGCCGUACUGCAGCUUGAGGAAGAAAUGGGAGAUGUUAGGACAGCUGCUAAUGUCAGUCUUGUAGAGUUACAAAAUGACAUAAAGAAAUUCAAAACAGAACUCAAAACAGUUGAAAAGGAGUAUGAUUAUCAUGGUAAAAAUAAGGAUAAAUUAUCUGGUGAUAAUUUCGUUAAAGAAACUGGAACUUUUCUCACAGCUGCACGAGCGUCGUUCAAUGAACUUGAUGAUUCCUUGAAGGAGAUGAAAACAAGAUACGAGAAAUCUGUUUCGGCGUUUGGUGAACAACCGAAGACCAUUACCUCGAAAAAUUUCUUUGGCAUUUUUUACACGUUUUUAGUAUCUUUUGCCGAGGCAAAGAAUGAGAAUGAAAAACGAAAGAAAAAGAAACUAGAGGAGGAAAAAAAAGAGAAAGAUGAAGCUUAG